UCUCCGGCGAACUCCUCGGCGAUUUAUAUCUCCGGCCAACUACUCGGCGAUAUCAUCUCCGGCCAACUCGAGUUGGAAGUGAAGUUUAAAGAAAAGCAUGGGUAGCUUCUGUGUUCCACCUCUGCGUAUCUUCCACUUUGAAUAGCUUUAUUCAAAGUUCUCUUAAAUCCUUAAAAUUCAUAUUUUUCUUGUCUCUAUAAGUCUUCUUGUCUCUAUAAGUCUUUCUCGUUGUUUCCUGUGAACAGAUUGAGAAGGACUCAUGAUCUCCAUCCAACUGCGCUUCCGUUCAUUAUCUACUCACUUACAUCAUCUUUCUUCCCUACCUACUGGUCCUUUUUCUUCUUUCCACAUAUCUCUCUCCUCUCUAUCUCAGGUAGUAACCAAAAAGCCUGCUCAAAAUGCAAACCAAAAAAAUCCUGUUCUCCUCAACUACCUAAUAAACACGUUGGGCUUUCCAAAGCCUAAAGCCGUGACCAUAUCCGAUCGUUUAUCUUGGGUCAGAAGUGUUGAAAAACCUAAAUUGACUGUACAUUUCUUCAAGUCCGUCGGAUUCACAGAUGCACAAAUCCAAUCCGCUGUUGGUACCGUCCCCCAAAUCCUUCUUGCUGAUGUUGAAAAAAUACUCAAGCCAAAGAUCCAGCUAUUACAAGAAUUGGGCAUCACUGGUUCUGAUCUGGGUAGGCUUUUGUCCACAAAGGCAAUAUUAUUAACACGUAGCCUGGACAAAAUACUAAAGCCUUCCAUUGAAGUUCUCAAUGAAGUCCUUAUAAAAAGUACUGAUAAUGGUGAUUGGUUCCGGGUUCUGCUAAGGUGUGAUUGGGUUAUUUAUGGAUCUCCUCACUUGAGACUGGUUCCUAAUAUUUCAUAUCUGCAGAGCGUUGGAAUUGUUGGGUCUCAACUAUCAUCACUCUUGAAGAGGCAACCUCAUCUUUUUGUUACACAUGGAUCUAAGCUUAAAAAACUUGUCUCUGAACUUAUGGAUAUCGGGUUUUCUACUGAUUCAAGAAUGUUGGUGCAUGGCCUUCAUACAUUAAGUUGUAUGAGUCAAGAAUCUAUUUCGAAGAAAUUACUGUUGAUUCAGAGUUUUGGUUUCUCCAAAAGUGAGUGCAUGGUAAUGUUUAAGAGGGCACCAUGCUUAUUCCGUGGUUCAGAGAAGAAAAUAAGACUCGGACUAGAGUUCUUCUUGGAAACAGUGAAGUUACAGAAGUCAACUUUAGUACAGCGUCCUACUCUUUUGAUGUUUAGUAUGAAGGAGAGAGUGAUUCCGAGAUAUCAAGUUUUUCAGCUGAUAACGUCGAAAAAGCUUAUGAAGAAAGACCCAAAAUUUUAUGAUAUGAUGUGUUUGACAGAGCAUCACUUCUUGGAGAAGUACGUAUCGAGAUUUACAGAAAAUGUAGAGGAAUUAUUGAUGGCUUACAAAGGCCAUCGUCUAGAAUUAGGAGAAGAGUAAGAGUGUUUACUGGAAAA